GACACCAUCGCCAUCUUAAGUCAACUUUCCGAGCGUGGCUAGGCCCCGGUUCAGAUUUGGAGAUAGGUGCCGUGUCCGUUGGUCUAGGCAGUCGAGUGGAGACCAGGAUGACCCCGGAUGUUAGGACUGGUGAGUUACCGGUGAACGGGAAGAUUUUCUGUCUCUUUCCAGCUCUGGUAAAGCAGGCCGCAGCAAUGGUUCUCCGGCCCCCA